CCCGACCCCUCCCUCCUCCUCCAAUCGCCCCGCCCCGCCCCGCGCCGCGCCCUUCGCUCUUCCUCCCGUGUAAACGCCCCCCAUUGGCUCGUGCUCCCUUUCCUGCGCGAGGCGUCUCCUCCCCCUGCAGCCUCCCCGCGCCUGGCCCUGAGGGCUGCUGCGGAUCCCCAUGGCGCCGCCGCUGCUGCUGCUGCUGCUCUCGCUGGCGGCCGCGCUCCUGCUCUUCUAUCUGGGCUUCGUGCGGCGCCGCCCCGGGACCCCCCGCGCCGCCUUCCGCCGCCGGGAGCCGGGCCGGGCCGGGGACAGCGGUCACCAGCCCCCGCGGGACGCAUGGGGUCCCACGCUGGCCGGCUUCCCGCUGCGCCUCUUUGUCCAUGUGGCUAACACGGCUUUCGGGCAGUUUUGUGUAGUGCCGCUCUUAUUGAGGAUGAAUAACUUCACUCUCAUGCACUAUCUUGAUAUCCAGGAAGACCCCACAUUUAUUCCAGAGGUUGCUGCUGAGGGAAGAAAGGAAAAGCCUGAGACUAAAAACACAUUGGAAAUUCUCAAGCAGUUGAUGGAGACAAGGUCUCAUCCUGCCAACACUGGGUUCAGUUUCAAAGAGAUCCAGGACUAUCUGAACUGCUACCGGACUGGGGAGUUGACGCCCUUCCAAGUUGCUAAGAAUAUUAUCUCCUCUCUGGAGGACUGUGAGAAAUCCAGUCCCCCUCUCCGAGCAAUCGUGCAGUGGGACCGGGCGCAGAUACAGAAGAUGGCUGAAGCCUCCACUAUUCGUUACAGGAAUAAAUGCCCCCUUUCUCUUCUGGAUGGAAUCCCAGUCUGCUUGAAAGAAGAGAUUAAAGUUGUGCCUUAUCACCACCGUGCGGGAACAACAUACCUUGGGACAGAGCCAGAGACUGAAGACGCUACAGUGACCAGGAAGCUGCGGGAGGCUGGAGCGAUCAUUAUCGGGGUCUCAAACAUGCAUGAACUAGGGACUGGAACCACUGGCUGUAAUCCCAACAGAUUCCAUGGCACCACUAGGAACCCAUACAACCCCCAGCAUUUCACUGGUGGCAGUUCCAGUGGAUCAGCCGCUGCUGUAGCGGCAGGUCUUUGCCCAUUGGCUCUUGGCACUGACGGAGGCGGCUCUGUGAGGAUUCCCGCUUCUUUCUGCGGUGUUGUGGGGCUGAAAGGUACAUUUGGGCGCAUCAGUUGUCACGGCUGCCUUCCACUCUCCUACUCCACCGUCAGCCUUGGCCCCAUUUGUACGUCAGUGACCGAUGCAGCCAUUGCAUUCAGCAUCCUAGCUGAGCCAGAUCCACUGUACCCAUAUGGACUACAGCAGCCAAAACUGUCCCUGUCUGAAAUCCUCACCCCUGACCUCAAGGGCUUAAAACUGGGAGUGAACUGGACUUUUUUUAAGGCUUGUGAUCCAGAAAUUUUGGCAGUCUGCCAAAAAGCUAUAGAGCACUUGCAGGCUUUAGGUGCCUCUGUGGUGGAUGUGCCCCUGUCGGAGAUGGAGGAAGUGCGGGUGGCUCAUGUGAUCUGCAUUCUCAGCGAGAUGAGGGAUUUCCUGCAGCCUGACUUCAACACCCACUUCCAGCAAAUGAAUCUGGAGACUCUCCUUAACCUUGCUCUGGCUUCCCAGUUCACAGCUCUGGAUUAUAUUAAGGCAAAUCGGCAGAGGACUCGGAGCAUGAGCUUUUUGCGAGAGAUCUUUGCCAGCGUGAACUGUAUCCUCACCCCAGCCACCGCUUGCACUGCCCCAAGAAUCCACGACUCUGACCUCUUGACGGGGAACAAUGACGUUCUAACUACACUUCGGACCAUGAGAUACAUGCAGCUUGGAAACUUCACAGGCAUCCCGGGUCUGGUGGUGCCAGUCGGGUACACUGCCACUGGGCUUCCCAUCAGCUUUCAGGUCAUGGCAAAGUGGUGGGAUGAGGCCGUUCUUUUCCGAGUUGGCCUGAAGCUGGAGCAGUUCCGUGACGUGACCAGGAAGCCGGCCAUUUAUUACGACAUCCUUGCAUGAUGAGAGCCUCAGAAAGGAGAUGCUAUGAUUGUUCUGGUCUGAUCCGACUGAGUGUUACUGGGGAACAGAGUUGCUCCUUUUUACGUUGAUCUCAACAAGGGGUGGCGGCAGAAGCAGGGCUGUUUACGUAGUGGAAUAGUAGUUUUGUUCUAGGAUAUUUAUUCCCAGCCAGGGUCAGUGCUGCCCUCAGGUGCAGAGGCUGUAAGAGGAUACCAGUCUAUAUAUGGACAUGGGGCUAAUGGAUGGGUGCAGAAAUGCUCAUUUAUUUUUGUAGUUAGGGUAGGUUUGAGGUAUUACAUGGAUAGGACCAGUCAGGGACACUCAGCACGACUUCCUACAUAUGGGAUGCACUAGUAAAAAUCCGCUAUGGGUGCUCAGCUCCCACAGCCUUCCAUGGGAGGUGGGAGAACAUCCCUGGCUCAAUGCAGCCCAUGGUCCUUGAGUAAAUCCUUUUGCCCUAGUUACUAUAGAAAGAGGGAAUGAAACACUGCACUUUCCUGGGUGUUGUGUGUUCUGUUUUGUUUGGGCAGGGGUGGUCUUUGGUGGGGGAGGCAGCAUCCUUGCUGCAGCAGGAGAGUUUUUACACUCAGGAUAAUUUAAUAGGAUCUGGCUGCUCCUGGAGCAAGUAGGUAGUGCAUAUGAAAUGUCAUCAUAGGACCAGUCUCUCUUGCAGUGUAUGUGAUAACUAGAGAAACUAAACAAAACUCUGCAGGAACAUAGGAAAAUUAAGUCUUUUAAAGCUGCUUUUAGAUUUCUCCUGCUUUGCCCUCUCUGCUGGCAGGAUAACUUGGCAUUUAUCGUUGGUGGGGGUUUUCCCUGGGAAAUGUUAAGAACUGAGCCCUUCGUAGAGCCUGAGGUUGGGAUGCACAAACUGCAGCAGCCCAACAAGCAUGUCUAACUGCAGCAUAGCAGAAGGUAAGAGAAGGGAUGUAACUACCCAGUCCUUAUGACUGAACAGCCAGCGCCGCCUCCUAAGACAUUCGCUAAAGAGGAGCGGCCAAAGCACUGCAAGGGGAACUAAACUCUGGAACGAGGACAUGGCAGCUGUCCCUGUCUAGGAAGGAUUUUUACUGGUCCACCCUGUCAUACAUCAAAAAAAGCACACACAGUGAACCCUGUUUACCACAUUGUCACUGUUCUUGUUUCCAUGAAGGAGUUAGGCACUAAGGCCAGGCCUGGCCAAUGAUCGCAGCCUAUGGGAAAACCACCUGUCUUUAGUCUCUCAUCGGUGCCUACCUCCUCUACCCCCCGGGAUGGCUUGAGGCUUGUGCCUGCCCAUUCCUGCCGUAGUGCAUUCAGUUUAGUCACUUUAUCAGAACAAGAAAAGGCCUAGCACUAAAUCUGAGUCGGUGGUAGGGCUUCCAGCUGAGAGACUGAAGAGACAAGGCUCCUUAUGUACCCUAUUCUGUAACACACUGGACACAGAUGCACUUAAUAGAGGGAAACUCCUGGAUUCAUUCAAUAUAUUCUUCCUGUUACACCCUCACUUCCAGAAGGCUUUAAAUGUAACAUUGUUGCAGAAGCUGUUGCUGUGCUAGAGUAGGACAAGAGCCAUACUCCCAUUCCCCUGACUAAGAAAGCUGCAGCUUUCAUUGUAGUUAGCCCAUGGAAGUGGUUUUUUUUUGUUUAAAAAAAAAAAAAACAAAAAAAACCCUCAAUCCAUUUUCAUCUUCUAAAUGGCCCUGACCUUACCCCAAAGGAUUAAGACUGCUGGUUUCAUGGCAUUCAAAUGGAAAAGCACCACACUGGACCCUACUGUCUCAUCUGUCUUCAGUUCCUGCUGGGAAACCUCAGCAGUCACUGCUAAUUGCUAGCAUCAUUGGCAGUUUGAGAUAGUGAAACAGCAUUGGGUCUCUGACUGUUUUUCAGUUCCUCUUUACUGUAACUACCUAGCUAAGCAAUGAGACCUAGGCUCUGGUAUCUUCUGCUGAAGAGCAACUGAUCUUAUCACUGAUAAGUAAGUUUAUCACUUAUAAACAAGUACUUUCCCUCCUGUGACAUUAAUUCUAGUUUGGUACAUUUCUGUGGAGGGGCUGCAAGUGUAUGUAUAUUGCCUAAAGGCACCAGGAGACUUUACUAGAAUGUCCUGCAUUGGGAUGGUUGUGGAUGAUGUAUUUUCACUCAAAUAAACAAGUUCUCUCUGUCGGUGA